UGCAGUGUGUGGUAAAUCUUUCAUUGAAAACAAAAACCUUCUUAGACACCAAAGUAUUAACAUGGAUGAGCGAAGCUAUUCAUGUUCAGAGUGUGGGAAAUGUUUCAUUCGCAAAGGAGACUUUGUUAAACACCAGAAGAUUCACCGAGGUGAGCGACCUCAUUCAUGUUCAGAAUUCGGGAAAUCUUACACUCGUAAAGGAGCCCUUAACAAACACAAGAGAAUUCACACGGGUGAACGUCCCUAUUCCUGUUCAGAGUGCAGGAAAUCUUUCACUCAGAAAGGAAUUCUUGUUCAACACCAGAAAAUUCACACUGGUGAGCGUCCUUAUUCAUGCUUAGAGUGCGGGAAAUCAUUCACUGAGAAAGGAGCCCUUGUUAUACACCAGAGAAUUCACACUGGUGAGUGUCCUUUUCCAUGUUCAGAGUGCGGGAAAUCAUUCAUUGACAAAGGAGCCCUUAUUCAACAUCUGAGAAUUCACACUGGUGAGUGUCCUUAUUCAUGUUCAGAGUGCGGGAAAUCCUUCACUCAGAAAGGAAACCUUGCUAAUCACCAGAGACUUCACACCGGUGAGCAACUUUAUUCUUGUUCAGAGUGCGGGAAAUCUUUCACUUAUAGAUCAGCACUUGUCCAACACCAGAAAAUUCACACAGGUGAGCAUCCUUAUUCAUGUUCAGAGUGUGGGAAAUCAUUCACUGAGAAAGGUUUCCUUGGAAAACACCACAGGAUUCACACCGGUGAACGUCCUUUUUUAUGUUCAGAGUGUGGGAAAACUUUCACUUCUAAAUUUGCACUUGUUCAACACAAGAGAGUUCACACAGGUGAGCGUCCCUAUUCUUGUUCAGAGUGCGGGAAAUCUUCCACUCAGAAAGGAAUUCUUGUUCAACACCAAAAAAUUCACACUGGUGAGCAUCCUUAUUCAUGUUCAGAGUGCGGGAAAUCAUUCACUGAGAAAGGAGCCCUUGGAAAACACCACAGGAUUCACAUGGCUGAACGUCCCUAUUCAUGUUCAGAGUGCGGGAAGUCAUUCACUUAUAAAGUAGUACUUGUUAAACACAAGAGAGUUCACACUGGUGAGCGUCCUUAUUCAUGUUCAGAGUGCGGGAAAUCAUUCACUGAGAAAGGAAACCUUGCUAAUCACCAGAGACUUCACACCGGUGAGCAACUUUAUUCUUGUUCAGAGUGCGGGAAAUCUUUCACUUAUAGAUCAGCACUUGUUCAACACCAGAAAAUUCACACAGGUGAGCGACCUUACUCAUGUUCAGAGUGCGGGAAAUCUUUCACCAAGAAAGUAACCCUUGUUAACCACCAUAAAAUUCACACGGGUGAGCGCCCUUAUUCAUGUUCAGACUGCAGCAAAUCUUUCACCGAGAAACAUACUGCGGAGCGUCCUCACUGA